AUGUAUUAUGUUGAAUUUACUUGAAUAGUAGCUGAUUUAUUUGCAUACAUUUGUGUUAUAGUUAGCGAAUUGUAGUGCUAUUCUGUCUCAGUGAAUCUUCCUUCAGAGGUUUUUAAAUCACCCGCCCUGACGGCCCCUUUUUGUAUGGCUGCGUAGACCGGAGCAGUUUAUAAGAUGAGGCGCAAACUUCUCGCGCCAGCUCAGAACAAGUAAGCUUCUGAGCGUAUUGGGUCUGGGCUGUGUGGUAUUAACAAAGGCCACAAUUCUAUUUAUAAUGUUGUUCUAAGACAUUUCGCCAUAUUUUUACACGAGAAUUCACAUCUUAAGGACUACUUCGCGGGAGCAUCUUUUUGAGGCUCUCUUUAUUCCAGACCAACACGCGUGGGAAUAUAAUGCCAAGAAAAGGGCAAACGACGGAGGCAAAUCUAGCAGUUGAUGUCCCCAAGGUGAAUGCAACGCGAUCACGAAAAAGGAAGGCAGAUGUUGCCAUUCACUUGCAAGAUCCAGAUGAUGAAGAAGUGGUGGAAAUGACCAAAAAGAAACAAUGCGGAGCUCAGGCGUGCUGGAGUCCUGACGUGCCUCUCGCAGAUCCUUACAAGCGGAUCCCCACACCUGACGAAGUCGAGGAACCGGUUACUGCUAACAAUGUGGGAUUUGCUGACUACCAUUUCCGAAAUAUUCUUGUCACUCCUAAAAGAUCUUCCCCUCUCCCUAACCUUUGCUGGGGAAGCAAAGAUGUUGUCUGGAACAACCUUUUAAGGAAGGAUGAAGCCUACACACAUGAUACUCGUGUCAUGGAAAGACAUCCUAACCUUCAGCCUAAGAUGAGGGCCAUACUUCUGGAUUGGCUGAUGGAGGUGUCUGAAGUAUAUAAGCUGCACAGGGAAACGUUUUAUCUGGCCCAGAACUACUUUGACCGUUUCAUGGCCACACAGACGAAUGUGUUGAAAACUACACUGCAACUCAUCGGAAUCUCCUCUCUCUUCAUCGCUGCCAAAAUGGAGGAAAUCUACCCUCCCAAGCUGCACCAGUUUGCCUACGUUACUGAUGGAGCCUGUUUGGAGGAAGAGAUGUUGACUAUGGAGAUCAUAAUCAUGAAGGAGCUUAACUGGAGUUUGAGUCCCAUGUCUCCGGUGUCCUGGUUGAACAUAUAUAUGCAGGUGGCAUACUUGAAAACAGAGGAAGUCCUCCUUCCCCAGUACCCAGAGGCUACAUUUGUCCAGAUUACAGAGUUGUUGGACCUGUGCACAUUGGACAUUAGAAGUCUGGAGUUCUCUAGUGGUCUGCUUGCUGCCUCAGCCCUAUUUCAUUUCUCUUCUCUGGAACUUGUGGAGAAAGUUUCAGGGCUUGCAUGGAGUGACUUGGAGAAAUGUGUUAGAUGGAUGGUGCCCUUUGCCAUGUCCAUCAGAGAAGUGGGCAGCUCUGGCCUCAAGACCUUCAAAGGGGUCUCUCCUGAAGACAUGCACAACAUUCAGACUCAUGCACCCUACUUGGAAUGGCUGGGCAAAGUGUACGCGUAUGAGGUGGCGGAUGUGGAGCGCAGCCAGAGCUCACCUGUUCCCUCAGGAAUGCUCACACCUCCACCCAGCAGUGAGAAGCCUGACGGUGUGGUGCCCUGAACCCUCCAACUCGGCUGAUGGUGAACCGAACCAUUGACUGGCAAUGGAGAAGUGCCUGUACAAGGCACACCCAGCACACACGCAAACACAACUCACAGAUUACCUGAAACGUGCACAAGACUUUUUUUUUUAAUAUAAUUCAGUCAAUCUUUUUUUUUUUUAACAGACUUGAAUUGACUCCUUUUGGGAGUUGUGUUUUUAUAUUAAGCUGUCAAUUGAUUUCUGUUUUAAUGGAAUUUUUAAGAUUUGAAUAUAUGGUGAAAAAGGACGUGUACUCCAAGCUGUACCCCCUGCCGAAAAAAACCCUCAGAGCUGUUACAGGCUCUGACUGCUGCUAAAGAGGGUAGGAUAUGGACAGAUGGAAAGAUGAACGCAGAAGACCCUGCCCAGAUUUGGCUGGGUGCGUUUGGGCGAGUCGUGUGGCCCAUGCUGCCUCACUGCCGUUUUGGACUCUGAAGAUAUUACUGGCAGGUUGCUGGUAGGACUAAGUGAACCAGCUGCCAAACCAGACCAGAGGAAAAGCCACCUUAGACAGAAGCUUAGACUGUGGACUCUUAUUUAAGAUUGACUCGGUGGGGAGGAAUCCCACGAGUUUGUAUUUACCAAAAUGAACAUUUUAUUUGGGUUCUUUUUAAAAUGAGAUGCUGCUACUUUUCAGUAAUGUUUUUAAAUAAAGGCUCUGUCUCAGACAGCAUUUAUGUUUUACA